AUGGCUCCUCGCCAGGUAAAGACUAAGGUCUUCGCGCUCCUCGUUUCCAUCUCGUUGGUGGUUAGCACUAUCGACGCGAAUGUGUGGUCGACAAACGGGGUCUGUGGUUCCCGUGUUCGCUAUUCGUGGGACGCACUUUCAGUUGACGACAAAAAACUGUAUCGUGAUGCCAUCGCCACUGCAAUGAGUACAGGAUAUCAUGCACUGUUUGUGGAGGUGCACUCGGAUCGAAACUCCUUCAAGGAGGCUCACAAUACGUGCGGAAUGAUGUUCUGGCACCGUCGCUUCCUGCUAGCAUACGAGGACAUGCUGCGAAGCCUUGGUACCAAGUUUGCGUGCAUCACGAUCCCGUACUGGGACUACUUCGCCGACUACGCCAAGUUCUUGACCAACGUCUGUACCAAUUUCGAGGACUGUUCGACGUUUCUGAAAGAUAUGGGAGGCAGUUCGGGGCCCUUUGCAUCAUUAACGAUCAAUGGGAACGUUGUCAACGGAAACUGCGUCAACGGGUUAGCAUCGCCGUAUGCAAACUUCACGAAUUUCUGCGAGAAGUCAACGAUUAGUGGGUCGUCCUGCUCUGGUUGCAUUCCACGAGGGGCAUGGUCGUUAGAGAACUACCCAUCUGGUAUUUGCUACUCGUCAUUAGCGAAGUAUCUUAGUCUCCAGUUCGGCUUUGCAUGGUUCUCCCAGAACAUUCACUACGGUGUGCACCAGUCCAUCCACAACACGGCUAUGGGCGCUAUGGCCACGUACCCGACAUCCGCAGACCCCAUCUUUUACAGCCACCAUGCUACAGUGGACUUGAUUCAUCAGCUCUACUACGACUGUCAGAUCGGACGACCAUUGACGGACACUGAGAAAAAAAACGGUGACUACGCCUUUGAGAGUUGUGCUCAAGUCGACUAUGUGGGUGUUCCCCCAACUUCGACGUCAACCAUGACGAUGUACUGGAAUGCAGUAGGACAAACCAGAAUCUCCGUUGAGAGCCACCCUCGUCUGGGCAGAUUCUUCGCCUACCAGCCAAAGGAAUACUGGCAAUACGUCAGCUCUAUCGACUUGGGUUACUCGUACGCAGCGGACGAGCUUUUCGUUCUGCUUAAAAAUCAGGGCUUAACGUGUCCUAAGAGCCACACGAGGAAGCUCUUCGAUGUCAAUUACGUGGAUGUGCCCGUCACAGCUGAUAAGAAAAGGAAGGCCAUCGGUCGGAGCUUCAAUCUGUUCCAGGACAUCUAUGAUGCUGCUCUUACAAACACCAGCUCUCACACUGAAGCCAUUGACCAAGGCCAGACCGUGGAUUGCCUAUGGUACAACGAAAAGUUUGGUGUAGACGAUUUCAGCCCCGAAUUCCGCGCAAAUUGGAACCUCCCCAGCACUGCGCACACUUUCUGCUACAAUCGGGUACAGGACGUUAACUCUGGUCGUAAGCAGGUGAAGGUGGGGCGUUGGAAGGACAAAUAUCAGUUCCACUACUUCACUAUGACGGACGUUCAGCUAGCGAGUGCAUCGGAGAUCACGUCAACGGAUGAAGCAGCGUUAAUUAGCAGCUCAAGCGCAUCGACAACUUCGACGCCUACUGCUACAUCGGGCGUCGAGACGUCCGCUCCACCUGCUACAGCUACAACAACGGGCAGCGAGACGUCCGCUCCACCUGAUACGACCACAACUUUCCCAACAACCACAGCGGAGCCAGCAACCGUCGUACCUGGUGUCUAAGGGAUAAAGCAGCAGUGAUAAUGCUUCUCUGUAUCGGAAGUAUUUCAUGCUUUUCAUUCCUUUGGGCCUGAAUUUGACAACUGAUGGAGCGACGUCAGUUCGUAAUUAAUGAUCAGCAUUCUUCUUGUUUAGAACGUACGAUUACUGCUCGGAGGACGCUAGAGUGUCU